CUCAUAAAACAUCAUAUGAUAACUCCAAAAUUCAACUGUUUAUCCUGAUCGGUCCAGCUAUAUCCGCUAACAGUAUACGGCGCACCCAAAUUGAAAGCUCAUUAAUCAUUAUAUAUCUCACCAUAUUUUUCCUCUAUAAAUUUGCCAUUUCGAGGAACUCUUACUAAGUUGCUAACAAUAGUAUUACUCUUUGUAAUAUCAAACGAUCGAGCCAACUUGUUUGUUGAACAAUGAAGUUCAAAGCUUAUAUUUUAGUAGGACUGCUUGCUUUUGCAAUUCUAAUCUCUUCACCUACUUCAGCUGACAGUAACCCAGCUUAUAAACUUCAUAAGCGUGAUGAGGCUGAGGAAACUAAGUCUGAGAUGAACUCUGCAGCGGAGGUCACAACGGAGAAAAUGGAUGGGGAUAUCAUACACGAUCGAUCACGAAGCAGUGGGAGUGGAGCAUAUGGAGGAGGAGGUAGUCAAGGAGGUGGUGGACAAAGUGGUGGUAGUUCUGGAGGAGGAGGUCAAGGUGGUUACAGAGGAGGUGGAGGAAAAGGAGGCUCGGGAGGAGGCAGUGUUGGUGGCGGCGGUGGCAUAGGAGGUGGAGGAAAAGGAGGCAUAGGAGGUGGAGGUGGAGGAAAAGGAGGCUCAGGAGGAGGCUCAACAGGAGGCUCAGCAGGAGGCAGUGUUGGUGGUGGCGGUCAAGGAGGCGGUGGCAUAGGUGGUGGAGGAAAAGGAGGCAUAGGAGGUGGAGGAAAAGGAGGCAUAGGAGGUGGAGGAGGAGGGCAAGGUGGUUAUGGAGGCGGUGGUAAAGGUGGCUCGGGAGGAUCGGGUCAAGGAGGUAGCAAAGGAGGUGGAGGUAGUCAAGGGGGCUUAGGAGGGGGAGGAGAAGGUGGUAGUGGAGGAGGUGGAGGUAGCCAAGGAGGAAAAGGUGGAUCAGGAGGUGGUCAUGGAGGAAGUGGUGGAAGUCGAGGAGGCAAAGGUAGUGGUGGAGGGGGUGGAAGUCAAGGAGGUGGUGGUGGAGGCAAGGGUGGGGGUGGUUAUGGCGGAGGUGGGGGCAGUCAAGGAGGGGGGAAAGGUGGCUCUGGAGGUGGAACGGGUGGGAAGGGAGGUGGAGGCGGUGGCGGUGGCGGCGGCGGCUAUGGUGGCGGUAGUGGAAAAGGUGGUUCUAGUGGUGGGGGAAAAGGUGGCUCUAGUGGCGGUUCUCGUGGCGGCGGCGGCGGGAGCGGAGGAUACAGUGAAAUAACUAAUGUUCAAGGGAGAAAUACCAUGGCAUAUCCAGAUCAGUAUGGUGGGCGUGGUGGCUACGGUGGAGGCGGAUAUGGUGGCGGUGGAGGCGGCUAUGGUGGCGGUGGAGGUGGCUACGGCGGUGGUGGCCACUGUAGGUAUGGUUGUUGUGGUAGGGGGUACGGAGGACGCUGUCAUCGCUGCUGCGGCUCACAUUCUCCACAAGACGCCCAAGCUGUUGGAGGCGAAGCCCAGCCCCAUAACUAAAGCCCUGGUCUCUACAUGUUGUAGCUCAAGGCCAGUAGCAGUACCGUGUAACAUAUAGUGCAUGUGGACUGUGGUAGUAUACUAGUAUAUAUUAGCCUAUGCUAAGAUGGAUGGGAUGAAUUCCCACCAUAGUAAAUGGAUGAAUAAACGUGGAGCUAACAAAAGGGAAAUGACACGCACUAAUGAUAAGUUUUUUGUGAAGUUACUCUAGUGCUGUAGUAUCAGGCUUCAGCCUCGAAAGUUGGGGUUUUCCCAUCUCUGUUAGUUUUGAGUAUGAGUGAAAUAUAAAUAUGGCGGUGUAUAUCAGUA